CCCGCCUUUUUGGGGAAGGGGCACUGCAAUAGUCUGUGAAGUGGAAAUGAAGGAACCUCCUUCUUUUCUCUAGGUGCCCUUUGGAUGUUUGGCUCCUUUCCUACAGGGGAAAGUCUCUGUCAGGAGCUUAGAUAAUCCCUUUUCAGCAUGAUUUGCCUUUGCUAAUCAGGGUCUGCCCUGUUGGAUUGGAGACUAUGUGUGAGCGCUUUAAUAUCUCCAUUUUAGGGGAUGGGACCCAACUCGGUGGUCGAGAACAUAAUCCAGACGGUUCUGGGUUCAAUCCCUGGUAUCUCAGUGCCUGCAACCUUGGAAAUCUGCUGCCAGUCAGUGUAGACAGUGCUGAGUGAGAAGGACCAAUGGUCUGACACUGUAUAACGCAGCUUCUUAGCUAAUCAUAUUAUGAGUUCUUCUGUUUUCAUGAUGCACAGUCUGCCGUCACCAUAACUCCUGUGCUGGGGUUGCUGCCCUCAUCAGAGGCAGUCCUGGCAGCCCUGCACAAGAGCACCCUCACACAAUACCCCCAGGACUGCCUUUUACAAGUGCAGCAGGACCCAGCACAUGAGAAAUGCCGGUUAAAGAUGCUGCAGGAUGUCAGCCGUGGUUUGGGCCCAAAGCCAUUGGCUGAGAUGCUCACUCAAUGAGUCGAGAAUCCUAUUCAGGAGUUGCUCUAAAAGGCUGCUAAAUUACAGUACCACUUCCUCUAUAAACCUGAGUCAGGAUAUGUCAACUGUUGUCAACAUCUGACCCCCAGGGAAGCCAUAUUCUUAAAGAACUUAGGGUUAAAUUACCUGUUUUUAUUAUCACAAACAUUUUCUAUUCAUAGUCUAUAUUUCUAGCAGUUCUCCAAGCCUUAAAAGCAACAAAGCUGGCAUAUCUACAGAAUGUAUUCUGGAUGCUAAUGUAACGGUGGGGCAGGUUAGAACAGAUGUUUCAUGUAAAAAUGGCUCCUUCCUCUCCUGAACUAGCCUCAAUAGUAUGGGAGAGGAUCGAGACCACUUGUCCAUUUUGGAAUCCUUCCCGUUUUUCUGCUCACCAAAGUUUUACUCGCCAAUGCUGAGACAGGAGUCCCUGACACUGAUUCUUAUGUUGGGGAUUUGAUCAGAGACUGGUUGUUUCAGGAUACUCCAAUAAUACGCAUGGGUGGCUAGUUAAUAAAACGUCUAGCAUAUAAAACUCAGGAGAACAUGUCAUAUGUUGGGGAUGUUUGUAAUGAUUCUUUUUUGAAAGGAGGAGGUUUAGUUCCUGGCAAUUACAUAUUAAAAAUUCUGUUCCCCACCUGGGGCUUGCUUGUGCCAUUCAACCUGCUGCAUUGAAAUCGGAGGAAUGGAAUUUCUGCUUGCUGUCAAGCGCAGUUCAUUUGAACAGAAAGCCAAAGGGUUUUGAAUGAGGAUGCCUUAGACAAAAGUGCCCCCUUAAUCAAAAUUGCCCCCUCAAACUACGGCAUCUGUGAAAAAGGCCAAUUCCAUGCUUGGGAUAAUUGGAAGGGGAUUGAAAAUAAAUCUGCUAAUAUUAUAAUGUGCUUAUACAAAACGAUAGUGAAAUGCCUCCACCACAUGGGGGUAUUGUGCUUCAAGCACAGAACAAAGUUUUAUCUUUGCAGAACUCGGUGGCCCCACCCAUUACAGCAGUUCCUGUCUGUUGGUGAAACAACUUUGGUCUUCUUGGAGGCUGCCUUUGGAGCACAGAAUUGGAGAUGGAAAAGCAAGACUCAGGUGGCCCAGAGACCAUCAAGGCUGGGAGUGGUGCAGGGGUGGCUCGCAAAAGCGUCUGCUGCUGAUUCUGAGGCAGAGAAGGCUCUAUCAGGUGCCAGACCGAAGCUGCUUCAUGGGGGGACCUCCCAGGAGGAUCAUGCAGAUGCCGCCUCACUAGUUCAUGGAACACCACUGGAGGGGUUGACAAGGUUGUGGCUCCCGUGUGUUGAUGGAGAAAGAGAUUCUACACAAGCAGAUCAGGGUGCCGUGUCCUUUGAGGAGGUGGCUGUGGAUUUCACGGAGGAGGAGUGGGCUUUGCUGGAUGCAGACCAAAGAGCCCUGCACAGAGCAGUCAUGGAGGAGAAUUGGCAGAUUAUGGCCUCUCUGGCAGGUGAUGGGUGGAAAAGCAAGUCUGAAGGAGAAGCAUGCGGGUCACGAAUAGAAAGAGUUAUAUAUACAAAGGAAGGACAACAGAGAAAAGCAAGAGAAGGAAACCAGGAAAGGAAGAAUGAAUCUAGUCCUGUUCAUGCUGGUGACUACCAAGAAACACCAAUCCAAGAAGAAAUAGAGAAGGGAAAGCGGAAUCAAAUAAUUCACACUGGGGAGAAACUGUUUAAAUGUUUGGAGUGUGGAAAGAGCUUCAAUCAGGACUCAACUCUAAGGAGACAUCAAAUAAUUCACACAGGAGAGAAACCAUUUAGAUGCUUGGAGUGUGGAAAGAGCUUCAACCAGAGUAUAAAUCUUAAGAAACACCAAGGAAUUCACACAGGAGAGAAACCAUUUAGAUGCUUGGAGUGUGGAAAGAGCUUCAGUCAGAGCUCACAUCUUAGAGAACAUCAAAGAAUCCACACAGGAGAGAAACCAUUUAGAUGCUUGGAGUGUGGAAAGAGCUUCAACUCAAGCUCAAAUCUUAAGAAACACCAAGGAAUUCACACAGGAGAGAAACCAUUUAAAUGCUUGGAGUGUGAAAAGAGCUUCAAACAGAGUUCAGAUCUUAAGCAGCACCUAAUUAUUCACAUAGGAGAGAAACCAUUUAAAUGCUUGGAGUGUGGAAAGAGCUUCAGUCGAAGUUCAGAUCUUAAGCAGCACCUAAGAAUUCACACAGGAGAGAAACCGUUUAGAUGCUUGGAGUGUGGAAAGAGUUUCAGUCAGAACCCACAACUUUUUAAACAUCAAAGAAUUCACAUUGUAGAUAAAUCAUUUAAAUGCUUGGAGUGCGGAAAGAGCUUCAGUCAGAGCUCAUAUCUUAAGAGACACCAAAGAAUUCACACGGGAGAAAAACCAUUUAAAUGUCUGGAAUGCGGAAAGAGCUUUCGUUUCAGCUCAAAUAUCUCCGUGGGGGAAUGCUCUACCUGUUGCAUUUCUGUUGCGUAGAUGCUAAAGACACAUUAAUCCAAUGGCCCUGGUAUGUAUAGAUUGAGAUGGGAGUUAACAGAGGGAAAAAGGAAUUGUGAUUGGCCACAAUCUCUUCCUGCCCCGCCCCCUCCCUGGGGAAGUGGACUCCAGGAUUUGGGGAACCCCUCCUGGUGGCGUUUAUUUGGAGAGGAGUCUGGCAGAGGGAGGGUGGGUGAUCAAGAUCAAGGAAGGGGUGGGUGCGCUGCAUGUAACACUCCAAGGGAAGAGCAAAGCCGAGGAAGUGAAUGGGGUGGAAAGUGGGGGGAGAAGGGGGAAAGAAAGUCACCCCAGCCCUGCAUUGCCGCUCAUGGGGAGUUGACCUGCAUGGGGCUGAUGAUGAUCCCUCUGCAGUUCUUCCCAAGCCAAGACAAGCUUCUUUCCUGCUGUUUUCAAAGAGAAGGAGGGUUUGAGGAGACAGAAGCCAAUGUUCAAGCUACUUGCCGUAUAUCGCUUUGAAGUGCCCUAAUGCAAAAGGCCAACAGAGGUCCCUGAAAGAGGAGCAGGAGAAAGCGGGGGUGGAGGAGGGGAGAACCAGAUCUGGCUGCAGUAUUGGGGGAGGAAAGAGAGGUGGGCGAGAGAAGGCUGCUGUGGGCAGCAGGGGACAAAAAGACAGCGCUUUCGGGGAGGAGGCACCACAUUGGUCUGUGACUUGCAAGUGAAGGGAACUCCUUCUUUUCUCUAGGUGCCCUUUGGCUGUUUGGCUCCAUUUGGAUAGGGGAAAGUCUCUGUCAGGAGCUCGGAUAACCCCUUUUCCUUGGUGAAAUGCCUCCAGGACUUGGGGCUGCUUUGCAGAACUCAGUGGCUCCACCCCUGACAGCAGUUCCUGUUGCAACUUGGACCAGUCUGUGGAUAGACACCAGAACUGCCUACACUGGCUCCACCCAUUACCUGCCCUGCCUAGCACCCACCCAGUUCCAGGAGCCACCAGCUGCCACUGACUCCAAGCAACCCCAGCCUCAAUGGCCUUUGGACUGCAAGGAGCUGCAAGAGUUGAGCCACUUCCUCGCAGGAGGAGGGGGAGGAUUUGCAUCCACUUGCCUCAUUGAGGGAUCAAAGGAGCAGAAAACAUCCAUGUUUUUCUUCUGCAGGCCUUGACACUGGAUGUGCCAGGAAGGGUUGAAGCUCAAGAUAUUUACUUCUCUCUCUGCCCUGCAAGGGCUUUAUUUCUGAGCUGCCUUUAGCCUUUUUUCCCCACCAUGCUCUUUCCAUAUUGCUUUGGGAUAUGCUUUUAUGAAAUACCGUACGUAAAUAGAAUGAACAUGAAUUGUCUCCUUUGCUAAAGAGUGUCUGCCCUGGUUUGCAUUUGGAUUGGAGACUACACCAGAGCGCUUUAAUAUAUCCCCUUUGGGGAGGAGACCACAUUUGAUGCUAGAACAUAUGCAUGCUUGCAUAGAGAAGGUCCCGGGUUCAAUCCCUGCCAUCUCCAUGUAGUACUGUAAUGAACUCCUGCCUGUAACAUUGGAGAGCCGCAGCCAGUCAGUGUAGACAAUGCUGAGUUAGAUGGACCAAUGGUCUGACUCAGUAGAAGGCAGCUUCCUAAGUAAUCCUAUCAUGGGGAUUCCCACACUGCCUUCAUAGGCCAACAUGAUGCACAGUCUGCCCUUGGCUUAACCACUGUGCUGGGGCUGCUGCCCUUGUCGGAGGCAUUCCUGGCAGCCUUGCACAAGAGCACCCUCGCACAAUACCAGCGGGGCCACCUUUUAGGAAUGCAGCAAUCCCAGCACAUGAGUUAUGCUGGUGGAAGAUGCUGCAUGACAUCAGCCGUGGUUUGGGCCCAAGCCAUUGGCUGAGAUCCUCACUCAGUUAAUCAGUAUUACUACUCAGGAGUUGCUCUAAAGCAGUGUUUCUCAACCACCGGUCUGUGGACUGGUGCCAGUCCAUGAGCAGUUGAGUGCUGGUCCAUGAAGAAUUAAUCCCCCCACAAAACAAUUUCGAGCUGGUGGGGGCCUCCGUUGCUGGGAGCUCUCCAAAGCUCAUUUCUAGGGCUGGGGUAAUGUUCAUUUCGAAGAAGCUAAAAGAGUGUAAUCCCAGCAGUGAGGGCUGCCUGCCUAUAAAUGAGCUCUGGAGAGUUCGCAGCAGCGCCCCCCCCGGCUUGAAAUUGUUUUGGGGGGUGCCUGGGGGUGGGGGCAAGGGGGGGUGACCCCUUUACUAACUGCUGGUCCGGGAAACUGCGCACAAAGAAUGUACCGGUCCAUGACUCCAAAAAUGUUGAGAAACACUGCUCUAAAGGACUGCUAAACUACAGUACAUAAGAACAGCCCUGCUGGAUCAGGCCCAAGGCCCAUCUAGUCCAGCAUCCUGUUUUGCACAGUGGCCCACCAGAUGCCGCUGGAAGCCACAGGCAGGAGUUGAGGGCGUGCCUUCUCUCCUGCCAUUACUUCCCUGCAACUGGUUCUCAGAGGCAUCCUGCCUUUGAGGCUGGAGAUGGCCCACAGCCCUCCGACUAGUAGCCAUUGAUAGACCUCACCUCCAUGAAGUCAUCCAAACCCCUCUUAAAGCCAUCCAGAUUGUUGGCUGUCACCACAUCCUGUGGCAGAGAGUUCCACAAGUGGAUCACGCGUUGUAUGAAAAAGUACUUCCGUUUGUUGGUCCUAGACCUGGCAAUCAAUUUCAUGGAGUGACCCCUGGUUCUAGUGUUGUGUGAGAGGAAAAGAAUUUCUCUCUCUCCACUUUCACCACACCAUGCAUGAUUUUAUAGACCUCUAUCAUGUCUCCCCGCAGUCGUCUUUUUACUAAACUAAAAAGCCCCAGGUGUUGUAGCCUUGCUUCAUAAGAAAGGUGCUCUAUGCCCCUGAUCAUCUUGGUUGCCCUCUUCUGUACCUUCUCCAGUUCAACAAUGUCCUUUCUGAGAUGUGGUGACCAGAAUUGUACGCAGUACUCCAAGUGUGGUCGCACCAUAGUUUUGUAUAAGGGCAUUAUAAUGUUAGCCGUUUUAUUUUCAAUCCCCUUUCUAGCAUUGAAUUUGCCUUUUUCACAGCUGAGUCGACACUUUCAAUGAGCUGUCCACCACAACCCCAAGAUCCCUCUCCUGGUCUGUCACCAACAGCUCGGAUCCCAUCAGCAUAUACUUGAAGUUGGGGUUUUUUGUCCCAAUGUGCAUCACUUUACACUUGCUAACAUUGAACCGCAUUUGCCAUUUUGUCGCCCACUCCCCCGGUUUGGAGAGAUCCUUUUGGAGCUGCUCACAAUCCGUUUUGGAUUUCACUACCCGGAAGAGUUUGGUAUCAUCUGCAAAUUUGGCCACAUCGCUGCUUACCUCUGCUUCUAGAUCAUUUAUGAAUAAUAUAGAACUUCCGCUAUUAAACUGAGUCAGGAUAUGUCAGCUGUUGUCAACAUCUGACCCCAUAUUCUUAAAGAACUGAGAAACAGGUUCCUUAACCCUAUUUUCAUAAACAUGUUUUAUUGAUAAUCUGUAUUUCUAGCAGUUUGCCAAGCCAUACAACCAACAACUAUGCUGGCAUGUUUAAAGAAUACAUUCUGAAUGCUAAUGUAACCGUGGGGCAGGUUAGAACAGACAUUUCAUGUAAAAAUGGCUCCUUCCUCUCCUGAAUUAGCAGCAAUAGUAUGGAAGAGGCACCAGACCAUUUGUACAUUUUGUUAUCCUUCCCAACACUAAGACUGGAGUCCCUGACAAUGAUUCAUAUUUUGGGGAUAUGAUCAGAGACUGGUUGUUUCAGGAUGCUCCAAUAAUAUUCCUGUGUGGCUAAUUAAACCUCUAGCAUAUAAAUCUCAAGAGAACAUGUCACAUAUUGAGGGUGUUUGGAAUGAUUCCAUUUUGAAAGAAAGAGGCUUAGUUCCUGGUGAUUUCGGACUGGGAAUUCUGCUCCCAUCCUUAGGCUCACUUGUGCUGUUCAACCCACUGCAUUGAAAGAGGAGGAAUGAAAUUUCUCCUUGCUAUCGUGUAGUUUUCUGUGAACAGAAAGCGAAAGGGUUUGGAUGGGGACUCCUUAGAAAAAAGUGCCCCCCUAAUGAAAGAAAUUGCUGGAAUAUAACCAUUAUAUUAUAAUUAAUGACUAUUGAGGCCCAAAAUGGCCAGGCUAACACAUUUGUUAGUGUAAAACAGCAAUGAGAAAAUUUUGUGGGUUUCAUUUUGUUUCAAAUAAUAGGAAGCACUAAGCAAGCAAAUGUUGUCAGUUGUGCAAUACAAAGUAACCGUUUGUGGAUCAAUGCCAAGUAAUUCCCUUUAUUUAUUUCCUUUGUCUCUGUAUUUUGGAAUUCGCUGUAUGAACUUGGGUGUCUGUCCCAUCCGGUUUCAUAAUAAAGUGUUUAAAGUUACUCCCUAUUGAGGAGUUGAA